UCUAAUAAUUACAUUAUGUUUUUUCAUAACCUAAGUGUGGUGCGUUAAAAUUCAAAUUAAAAAUCUUACAAUAUCCCACACGCCGUUACAUUCAAAUUCCUCAUUCUCCAUCUUGUGCCUUUGUCCGAUUCUUCCCCAGUCCACACGUCUUUUUUCUUCUCCUUAAAAAAAUUCCAAUUCUUCUUUCUCUCCUAAGUCCUAUCCAUAUACUAAUAAAAUUAUAAAUACCUCUUUUAUCUUUCUUGCUCUCUUCAAACCAACACAACUUCAACCUUACAACUCAUUCAAUAUUCAUUCUAAUAAUCUCCCUUUUCAUCUAUCCACCUUCCAAACAUGCUUGAUUUAGAAUGGAAAUCAAACAUGCUAAACUCAAACCUAUCACCCAAAUCACCCAAACUCUCCUUACCCACUUUUCAUCUCCCUCUUCCACUCUCCCAAAACGACAUCUCAACCGCGUCGUCCACCGUUUGCACAGCGUACGACAACUAUCUCCGCCUCCCUCAUUUCAGAACCCUCUGGGCCUCAUCCAACUUCCCUCACUGGACCAACGAGCCCAUCCUAAAGCCCGCCUUACACGCACUCGAAAUCACUUUCCGUUUCAUUCUAACCAUUUUAUCAGACCCAAGACCCUACAUCAACAAACGUGAGUGGGCACGACGCGUCGAAUCACUCGCCAAAGCCCAAAUCCACCUCAUCGCAAUGCUAUGCGAAGAAGAGGAACAAAACCCAAACACACGUGGCAAAGCACCGGUAAGUGACCUCAGCAAUAUAACCCAAAAUAAAUUCAGAACCUACAGCGAGGAAAGCUUGCUUCCAAAACUCGCCACGUGGCAGAAAUCGAAGCAAAUAGCACAGAGAAUUCUCUCCACCGUGGAAUCCGAAAUGAUGACCUGUCCUUACACGUUAGGGUUAGGAGAACCAAAUAUUAACGGAAAACCGAUUCUCCGUUACGACGACGUUUGUAAACCGAAUUUUAUACAGUCGUUAGAAACAACGCCGUUUGAUCAUAUACAGAACCACGAGAAUAGAACUUUACACGCUACGCAACAGAUCGUGGAAGCUUUGACACGCUCGGCGCGUGUGUUAUUGGAGAGAGUGAAUGAAUCGAUUGAUAACAGAAGAUUCGAGAAUGCUGCGAGUGAGAUCUACGCGGUGGAAAGGAUCUGGAAGAUUCUAACGGAGGUGGAAGAUUUACAUCUAAUGAUGGAUCCGGCGGAUUUUCUGAAACUGAAGAGGCAACUAGGCAUGAGAACAAUGAACGAAACGUUGCCGUUUUGUUUCCGAUCGAAGGAGUUGGUGGAGAUGACGAAGAUGUGUAGAGAUCUGAAACGGAAAGUGCCGGAGAUUUUGGAAGUGAAGGUGGACCCGACGGGUGGGCCCGGAGUAAUGGAAGAAGCAAUGAAGGUGUAUUCGGAGAAGAAGAGUGGGUGGGAGAAGGUUCAUGUGUUCCAAGCGAUGCAGGGGUUAGAGUCGGCGAUGAAGAGAUUUUUCUAUGCGUAUAAACAGGUUUUGACGGUUAUGAUGGGAAGUAGUGAGUCAAAUUUGGAGUCGUUGAGUCAGAUAUUUCUUGAACCUACUUGUUUUCCUAGCUUGGAUGCUGCUAAGACUUUUCUUGGCUAUUACUGGGAAAAUAGCGAAAAUAUUACUUGGUAAUUUACCUGAUUUUAUAUUAUUGAACGCAUAGUUACUUACAAGUUACAAUUUAAACACACAAAUUUAAAGAAAAAAACAAAAAACUAUUCUUUCCUUUUUUUCUUUGGAUUAAAUUUUGGAAAUAGGGUGAUAUGUAAACAUUCUUGAUCUGUAAAAUAUUUAUCUUUUGGAUUAUAUUUAUUUCAUUCCACAUUAUUA